GCCUGGACCCCUCCCCACCCACAACGCGUUUACCACCCACCGCGCACUCCCACUUUAACCGAGCAAAGCAAACGAUGCCACUCGUGCGACCAUCUCCCUCAUCCGACUCUUGAUCUAGCCAGCCCAUCGUCAAGAGCACAUGUUUUGACCGGCACGAUGCCUGCCGACGCCCCAGCCCAGGACACGAUCCGUAUCCUCGUGGCAUCGGACAACCAUGUCGGCUACGAGGAGCGAGACCCCAUCCGCAAGGAUGACAGCUGGAAGACCUUUGACGAGAUCAUGAACCUGGCCAGGACCGAGGAUGUCGACAUGGUCCUCCUCGGCGGUGAUCUCUUCCACGACAACAAGCCCUCCCGCAAGUCCAUGUACCAGGUCAUGCGCUCCCUCCGCAAGAACUGCCUCGGCAUGAAGCCCUGCGAGCUCGAGUUCCUCUCCGACGCCCACGAGGUCUUUGAGGGCGCCUUCUCCCACGUCAACUACGAGGACCCCGACAUGAACAUCUCCAUCCCCGUCUUCUCCAUCCACGGCAACCACGACGACCCCAGCGGCGACGGCCACUUCUGCUCCCUCGACCUGCUGCAGGUCGCCGGCCUCGUCAACUACUUUGGGAGGGUCCCCGAGGUCGACAACAUCCAGGUCAAGCCCGUGCUGCUGCAGAAGGGGAGGACCAAGCUCGCCCUCUACGGCCUCAGCAACGUCAGGGACGAGCGCCUGUUCCGCACCUUUCGCGACCACCACGUCUCCUUCUUCCGCCCCACCCAGCAGGCCUCCGACUUCUUCAACCUCCUGACCGUCCACCAGAACCACACCCCACACACCGCCACCAGCUACCUGCCCGAGAAUGUCCUGCCCGACUGGAUGAACCUCGUCAUCUGGGGCCACGAGCACGAGUGUAAAAUCACGCCUUCCAAGAACCCCGAGACCGGCUUCGACGUCAUCCAGCCCGGCUCGUCCGUUGCCACCUCCCUGAUCCCCGCCGAGGCCGUCCAGAAGCAGGUCGCCAUCGUCAGCAUCACCGGCAAGACGGCCGUCACCACCCCGAUCCCCCUCAAGACCGUCCGCCCGUUCGUCCAGAGCCAGAUCGUGCUGCAGAAGGAGAAAGACUUCCAGAAGCUGCAGACCGUCAAGAACAACCGCGAGAAGAUCACCAAGCUGCUCAUCGCCAGGGUCGACGAGAUGAUCGCCAAGGCGAACCGCGAGUGGCUGGCGCUGCAGGACGAGCCCGAGGACGAGAUCCCGGACGAGGACCGGCCGCUGCCCCUCAUCCGCCUCAAGGUCGAGUACACGGCGGCGGAGGGCUGCAACUUUGACGUCGAGAACCCGCAACGCUUCUCCAACCGGUUCGUGGGCAGGGUGGCCAACGUCAACGAUGUCGUCUCGUUUUACCGCAAGAAAACCACGGCGAAACGCGCGACCGACGACCCGUCGCUGCCUGAGCGGAUCAUGGAGGCCAUUGGCAACGACGACGUGGUCAAGCCCGACGUGCUGGUCGAGGAGUUCCUGACACAGAGCUCGCUCAAGGUGCUGCCCAAGAACAAGUUCAUCGACACGAUCGUGAGCUUUGUGGAAAAGGGCGGCGGCCACAACAUGGAUGAGUUCGUGGACGACUCCCUGAGGCAAUCGGUGCGGAAGAUCGUGGAGCUCAGCAUCUCGGACCCAGAUGCGCCCAUGGAGACGCUGCUCCAGACGUACAGGGAGGAUGAGGAGCAUCUGUUCGAGAAGACCGGCAGGCGCCCAGGUGGUAGACGGAUGAAGCCCAGGCCAGAGGACUACGACUCUGACCUUGGAGCUCACUGGGGCGAUGACGAGUCUCACUGGUACGGCGCAGGGGACGCGGCCCCGGCCAGGAAGACGACAGGCCGCCGGAACCGACGCAGUGUUAGCGACGAGGACGUCGAGAUGGACGACGUGUUUGUGUCCCAGGAGGAUCGGGAGGAGUCGGUGGUGUCCCAACCCCCUAAGCCAGCCACCAAGCGUGGGGCGGCAGCAAAGAAAGCGCCCGCCAAGAAGGCGCCGGCCACGAAAAAGACUCCCGCAACGCGUGGGCGGCCCAAGAAGACUACAGGGUUUGUUGUGGACAGCGACGAAGACGAGGAGGAGGAGGAGGAGGCCGCAGGAGGGACAGAUGCCAUGUCAGAGGACGCGUUCAUGGACGACGACGAAGAGGCGGACCCUCCGGCGCCGGCGCCCAAGCGGGCCACGCGCACCACCAAGGCGGUUGCCACCCGGGCGGCACCGUCACGGGCGACAAAAGCUGCGCCGAAACCGAAACCGAAAGCGGCACCGGCACCGGCACCGGCGGCCAAGACACGGCAGUCGACGCUGAACUUCUCGCAGUCGCAGCGUCCGGCCACGCGUGUGGCGCAGACCCAGAGGGCUCUCGAAGUUAGUGACGACGAGAUCGAUGAUGACGAUGACGACGACGACGACGCCUUCGAGCCGGUGACAACUACGACGAGGAGCAGGCGGCGCUAACUUGGUGGCCGCGUCGAGGAGCAUGUAGAGGAGAAUGGACACCUGGGGAUACUUGUUUCGCCCAGGGUAGUGGAAGGGACGAGGCAAGGAAGAUGAGGAGAUGGCGAGACUCGCAUCACACGUGAACCCGAAACAGGACAGCAUGUCUGUGGGGCGAGAUGAUUGAUUAUUGGUGAAUAAAUAGCAUGGCGAUUUUGGCUGGGAUUUUGCUUUGGGAAUACUGGCUGGUGUCUACGAGUAGCACUGGUAGCUAUGAAAAGAAUGGAAAGAAAGUGAUGAGAUUUGGGUGCCGACAAGCCAUAUGCCAGUAGUUCACUCGCCUGCCGUUUCACUAUCGGAAAUACGUGAUCCUACCGUCGAAUUGAACAUGCAGAAUACAGUA